AUGGCUAAAAUUAAGCAACAUGGGUUCGCCACGCCGCUACUGCGGCGCUCAGCCACAGUGUCCUCGGCAGCCGCGGCAUCUGCAGCUUCAAAACUCAAAAGCAAUCUUUCUACAGUCACUAAGCUUCCCACAGCUUUAAAGCGCACAAGUGCGACAAGUGGAACCACCGCUACGGCUUCGACAGACUGCGCGCCAUCGCUCUCAAGAUCUAGCACCGCUUCAUCAGUUGAGGAGGAAACCAAGGCGACAUCGAACCACGGCGGCAAGUUCGGCCUCUCAUCGAUAAUGCACAUUAGAACCAGCUUUAUGGACAAAAGCCAUUUAAAAACGAUGGCUUUAAACGGUAUUCAUAACUCGCCGAAAUCUCAACGGAAUAAUGACAGUGGAAAAGAGCCAACCACACCUCGGCAUUCGGCAUCUGCUAUUAAUACAGCUUCGCGUUUUGUUAAAGGGGUUCCGACGUUGCUGAGACGUGCUGUUACCAAUAAUCAUGGUGCAAAUUCUUCUUCUGUAGAAUCACCCGAUGCAAAUGUCGCUUUUACUCCGCGUGAGGGCAUUUCCGAAGAUGAUUUGGAAGAAAAUGAACGGCAUUCAUUGCUCAUGAUGCUGCAGGUGCCUGAAGCUACGAUUUCGCUGAUUCCAUUGAUGGCGGUUGGCGAGGCUUGGUGA